GCUUUUCCCUUUUUGUGAUUCUAAUCAGUCUCCAUAAGCGUCGACUUCUCUUGACUUCUAUUUUCUUUUUCAUGAGGCGUUUUUUCAUUAGCUGAAAACCCUUCUCAAAACAAAGAACUAUGAUUAAUUGGAAAAUUCUUGCCCUAUCAAAAUCUACGGCAACAGAUUUAAAUGAUUCUUGGUAAGAGUAGUGGUAAGGAUAGCCAUGAAAUGAAAAUACCCAAAAACUGAGUUGAGAUUUUGGUAAGAUUUCUCAAUGAAAUACCCAAUCCAUCGCAAAUGUUCUUGAGGGUUAUUAUGAUUUGGAAGAAGGAAUCGAUAGUAAGAAGAGGGAGACCGAUUCCAGUAGCAUUCAAGCUACCUCAGGCAUUCUCUGUCGAUUUUGGCAGCAGUCCAAGUGAAUUGAGAAGAUCAGCUGCGUCAACCAGGCUUGCUCGGUUCGCUGAACGAAGCCUGCGGAGUGGAUUGCUCGGCACACCUCUCUGCUUUCAACUCCUUCGGUAAUUUGAUUUAUAACAACUUUGAGUUGGCAACGGACAUGGCUAACAAUGGAGUAAACCAAGCAGAGGAAAUAAGGAAAAAAUUGCAACUGUAUAAAGCUGCGAUGAGUGGUGAUUGGGAGAUUGCUAUGCACAACCAGCCAAUAACAGCUAGGAUCAAUAAGCGUGGGGAGACUGCUCUCCAUAUUGCAACUGCAGCAAACCACACUCAUUUUGUGGAAAAGCUUGUUGAAAUGAUUGCUCCAAACAAUAUGGAGCAUUUAGCUAUUAAAACUGUGCGCCCACCCCCUGUCACAGCAAUAACUCCAACUGCAAUUGCACCUCAAGCUUCAGCUCUAGGUGAUGUCAUAGGUGCAGGCGCAACUGCAUUCAGUAUACAAGAGGACCCAUCCAUCAGCAGGACUCAAGCAGCAGUCACAGUAAAUUUAGGGCGACGAGCAGAGCACAGAAUCCAAGCUGCGGCUGCAGCUCCACAACCUCAGGAACCAGCCUCACAACCACAGGAGCAAAGAAGUACUACUCCAGCCGCAAUUGCACCUCAAGCCGUAGGUGCAGCCCCAACUGCAGGGCAAAUAGUGGAGGACCCAACCAUGGGCAGAGCUCAAGCUGCAGCUGCAUUAGCAUUUGCAGCCGCAAACGCAAUUGCAGCUCAACAAGAAAAUGCCCAAGUCACAACUGUAGUUACUAUCCUUGCUCCGGCUGCAGCCCCACAACCAAAGGACACAGCCCCAAAACCAGUGGACACAGCCUCACAAUCAGUGGAGCAAGGAAAUACAGCUUUUUGUUAUGCUGCUAUUUCUGGAAAUGUGAAAAUUGCUAAAAUUAUGAAGGAUAAGAAGAAUGAUUUGCCAAGGAUCCGAGGUAGACAAAAUUGCUUACCAAUUUAUUUGGCGGCUUUGGCUGGCCAUGAACAAAUGGUGCGGGAACUGUACGAGGAUUAUCAUAGCAACAAUGAAGUAACAGAUGACGAUCGCAUUAGUUUACUCAUCGCUUUGGUAGAGUCUGAUAUAUACGAUAUUGCACUGAAGAUGAUAAAGCAUCACUCAGAGUUGGCCACUAUGAAAGAUAAAGAUGGAAAGAGAUCAGCAUUGCAUGCGUUUGCUGAAAAGCCUUGUAUUCCUUCAAUUCAAACUUCUACGGGGAUCUGGAGUUACUGCAUAAAUUUCUUGUCGAACAAAGAAAAGCGCAAACAAGGGCUUGAGCUAGUCGAACAGCUUUGGGAGAAAGUAAUAUUAGACGAUGAGGACAAAGUUUCUCAGUUUAUGAUUGUACCUUCUGGGCGACUAAUAUUUAUUGCAGCUGAAAAUGGAAACGUAGAGUUCCUAACCAUACUUAUACGUAAAUAUCCACAUUUAGUAUUUAAGGUUGAUGACGACCAGUGUACCAUUUUUCAUAAAGCUAUUUUGAAUCGACAUGAGAAAAUCUUCAUGCUAAUUUUUGAGUUGGGUAUGAUGAACUUAAUUAACAUAUAUGAGGAUAAGGAUGGCAAUAACAUGUUGCACUUGGCUGGAAAAAUGCCACAAGAAGAAAGUCGAGUAAAUGUUGUGCCAGGAGCAGCUCUACAACUACAGCGUGAGCUACAGUGGUUUGAGGUAGUGAAGAAGGUUGUUAGACCAGGGCAAAUUGCAGCAAAAAAUGUAGAUGGGAAGACUCCGAGAGAUGUAUUCCUGAAAGAGCACAAGGAAUUAAGGGAAGCAGCGGAGAAAUGGAUGAUAAAUACAGCAAAUUCAUGCAUGCUUGUGGCAACCCUAAUUGCCACUGUUGUUUUUGCAGCAGCUUUCACCGUACCUGGAGGUAAUGGACAAGAUACUGGGAUUCCUAUUUUCGUUCGCGAUACUUUGUUUAAAAUUUUUGCCAUAGCGGAUGGAGUAUCUUUAGCAUUCUCAACCUCUUCAAUACUAUCCUUUUUAUCCAUUCUUACUUCUCGAUUCUCAAUGGAUGAUUUUCUCAAGUCGUUGCCAAAAAAGUUAAUCCUUGGACUCUUAUUCCUUUUCAUAGCAAUAAUAACGAUGAUGGGUGCCUUUGUUUUAGCCUUUUUCUUAAUUUUUAAACAUAGAAAUGUCGGAUUUGCUAUUUCUAUUGCUGCAGUUGCUUCUCUUCCAAUCCUUUUAUUCAUUUGGCAGCUCUAUCUUCUUAUUGAGAUGGUUCGUUCCACCUACCUGUCCUUCCUUUUAUGUUGCAAUAAAAAAUCUCUCUUUCCUUCCAAAUCAAAAUUUCAAAGACUGAAAAAGCUAUGUUGUUACUUCAAUUAGCUCCAUACUUGUUCUUCUAGUCUCUCUGUUGUGUACAACUUCAAUUUAUAACAGGGACAAAUUUUGUGCUAUUACUGUAUAUUUCAUGCAUGUGUCUUGUAUUUUUUCUCUUGUACAACAAACAUCAAAUGAAAUAAUAUUUUUUCGUAUA